AUUUUUCUCGGGAAUUUUUUUUUGGUGAUUAAUUUUCUUGGGGGCCGGGGAAGUGCCGCCCGGCAGCGCGGACCCCCCAGCGCAGCGGCCGGACCGGGGGCCGCGCGGCGCCCCGAGGAGGAGCGGGCAGCGCCCGGCGGAGAGAACAUUGGAAUUAUUCUCUAAGCUAUCUGAAGAGAGCGACUCAAUGCACCUGGGUCAGGCGGUCUGUGGGCAUGAAGUGGUUGGGAGAAUCCAAGAACAUGGUGGUGAAUGGCAGGAGGAGUGGAGGCAAGUUGUCUAAUGACCAUCAGCAGAGUCAAUCAAAAUUGCAGCACUCGGGAAAGGAGGCCGCGAAGGCUGGCAAACACGCAGUUGAGAGGAGGUCAAGCAGAUGUAAUGGUAAUUCAGGAUUUGAAGGACAGAGUCGCUAUGUACCAUCUUCUGGAAUGUCUGCCAAGGAACUCUGUGAAAAUGAUGACCUGGCGACCAGUUUGGUUCUUGAUCCCUAUUUAGGUUUUCAAACACACAAAAUGAAUACUAGCGCCUUUCCUUCGAGGAGCUCAAGGCAUUUUUCAAAAUCUGACAGUUUUCCUCACAACAACCCUGUGAGAUUUCGGCCUAUUAAAGGAAGGCAAGAAGAACUAAAGGAAGUCAUUGAACGUUUUAAGAAAGAUGAACACUUGGAGAAAGCAUUCAAAUGUUUGACUUCAGGCGAAUGGGCACGGCAUUAUUUUCUCAACAAGAACAAAAUGCAGGAGAAAUUAUUCAAGGAACAUGUAUUUAUUUACUUGCGAAUGUUUGCAACUGACAGUGGAUUUGAAAUACUGCCUUGUAAUAGAUACUCAUCUGAACAAAAUGGAGCCAAAAUAGUUGCAACAAAAGAGUGGAAACGAAAUGACAAAAUAGAAUUACUGGUGGGUUGUAUUGCCGAACUUUCAGAAAUUGAGGAGAACAUGCUACUUAGACAUGGAGAAAACGACUUCAGUGUCAUGUAUUCCACAAGGAAAAACUGUGCUCAGCUCUGGCUUGGCCCCGCCGCCUUUAUAAACCAUGAUUGCAGACCUAACUGUAAGUUUGUGUCAACUGGUCGAGACACGGCGUGUGUGAAGGCCCUGAGAGACAUUGAACCUGGAGAAGAGAUAUCUUGUUAUUAUGGAGACGGGUUUUUUGGAGAAAAUAAUGAGUUCUGCGAGUGUUACACUUGUGAAAGACGGGGAACCGGUGCUUUUAAAUCCAGAGUGGGACUGCCUGCACCUGCUCCUGUUAUCAAUAGCAAAUACGGACUCAGAGAGACAGAUAAACGCUUAAAUAGGCUUAAAAAGUUAGGUGACAGCAGCAAAAACUCAGACAGUCAAUCUGUCAGCUCUAACACUGAUGCAGAUACCACUCAGGAAAAAAACAAUGCAACUCCUAACCGAAAAUCUUCAGUUGGUGUGAAAAAGAACAGCAAGAGCAGAACAUUAACAAGGCAAUCUAUGUCAAGAAUUCCAGCUUCUUCCAACUCUACCUCAUCUAAGCUAACUCAUAUAAAUAAUUCCAGGGUACCAAAGAAACUGAAAAAGCCUGCAAAGCCUUUACUUUCAAAGAUAAAAUUAAGAAAUCAUUGCAAACGGCUGGAGCAAAAGAGUGCUUCGAGAAAACUCGAGAUGGGGAACUUAGUACUUAAAGAGCCCAAAGUAGUUCUGUAUAAAAACUUACCCAUUAAAAAAGACAAGGAGCCAGAGGGACCAGCUCAAGCCACAGCAGCUAGUGGGUGCUUAACUAGACACGCGGCGAGAGAGCACAGACAGAGCUCCGGCCGGGGCGCCCCGCCGCUCGGGGAUGGCGUCCCCUGCACCUACACCACCAGGCGCUCGACCAGGACAAGGAUGAACCCGAAGGAGCCUUCUGACAUCAAGCUAGAACCAAAUACGUUGGACGGCUAUACAAGCAGCGUGACAGAACCUUGCCCGGACGGUGGCGAGCAGCCAACUCCCGUGGCACAGGAAGAAGACCCGGCUCAUGGAACUGCACAAAAGGGGGAAGCAAAGUGUCCAAGGAGUGACAGUGGUUUGUCCAAGAAGAAAUCGCGACAAGGAAAACUUGUGAAACAGGUGGCCAAGGCCGAGGAGGCCGCUGUAGGGCAGGAGUCCCCUGGGGAAGCCAGUGUGGCACCGGAGGUGCUGGGGCCCCACUGCGAGCCGGGGGAGCACAGCGCCUCGGAGGCCACACCGGGAAGCUACCCAGACUGGGCUCCCAGUCCAUCACCCGGUGGCGGUUCAGUCGUGACGUCUGACAGCUUCAAAACAAAAGAUGGCUUCAGAACUGCAAAAAGUAAAAAGAAGAGGCGGAUCACAAGGUAUGAUGCCCAGUUGAUCUUGGAGAAUAACUCUGGGAUUCCCAAAUUGACUCUUCGUAGGCGUCACGAUAGCAGCAGCAAGACAAACGACCAAGAGAAUGAUGGGAUGAAUUCUUCAAAAAUAAGCAUCAAGUUAAGUAAAGACCAUGAAAAUGAUAAUAAUCUGUAUGUAGCAAAGCUCAAUAAUGGGUUUAACUCAGGGUCAGGCAGCAGCUCCACAAAACUAAAGAUCCAGCUGAAGCGGGAUGAGGAAGGUCGGGGGCCGUACACAGAGGGGCUUCACGAGAACGGGGUGUGCUGCAGCGACCCUCUCUCGCUGCUGGAGUCCCGCAUGGAAGUGGAUGACUACAGCCAGUAUGAGGAGGAGAGCACAGAUGAGCCCUCCUCUUCGGAGGGCGACGAGGAGGACGAGGACUACGAGGAGGACUUCGAGGAUGACUUUAUUCCUCUUCCUCCGGCCAAGCGCUUGCGGCUGAUCGUUGGGAAGGACUCCAUAGAUAUUGACAUUUCUUCCCGGAGGAGAGAAGACCAGUCUUUGAGGCUCAAUGCAUAAGCUCUUGGUCUCAGUUUGGUCUGGGAAACCUACUUAAAUAAAAACAAAUUCCAGUUAUUCCUCACCCGAGACGUUCUAGCGGCCGCACUUCCCUUCUCUCUUUACUUAGCAGCGUCAUACUGUAGAAAGUGUACAGCGCACUGACUCUCCCUAAGUCUGAUUUGUGCAAAUUUUUAUUGUACUUUUUAAAUAGCCUUCUUAUGUGCAAUUCUGAGUUAGAGGGAAAGCCCCAUUGUAAAAUAAAGGCUCAAGCAAAAUUGUACAGUGAUAAGCAACUUUCCACACAGGACGUUGAAAACAAUAAUGUGGCUACACAAUUUUCUUUUCUUUUUUUUAAACUAAGAGCAUCAACUGGCUCUUUAAUAUAUGACUAAACAAUAAUUUAAAACAAAUCAUAGUAGCAGCAUAUUAAGGUUUUCUAGUAUAUGCUAAUAUCACCAGCAAUGAUCUUUGGCUUUUUGAUUUAUUUGCUAAAUGUCUCCCCCUCGGAGUUUUGUCAGUUUCACACUGUUUGCUGGCCCAGGUGUACUAUUUGUGGCCUUGCCUAAAAAGAGCAAACCAUCAAUUAGGAGUCGAAUUGGUUACUUUAAAAAAAAAGAAAAAAAGUACAAUUACACGCGUGACCGCUAACUUUUCAGUACAUUAUAUGUACGAGGAUAGCAGUGUGCAGGAUGAGUUCCAAUACAGCGUAUUUAUUGCUUGUCAUGUAAAUUAAAGACCUUGUAUUUAACACUUUUCAAUCCUUUUAGAUAAAAUUGUUCUUUGCAAGAAUGAUUGGUGCUUAUUUUUUCAAAACUUUGCUGUGAACAAUGUGAUGACAACAAGCAACAUUUAUCUAAUGAACUACAGCUCUCUUAAUUUGGGUCUUCAAGGUUUCUGUUGCACUUGUAAAAUGCUACAAGGAAUAUUAAAAACUCUAUUCACUUUAACUUAUAAUAGUUUAUGAAAUAAAAACAGUCACAGCUUUUGUUCUGUGGUAACCUAUAAAAAUGUUUGUCUUUGAAAUUCAGUGUAAAGAACUGAAAACAAUGUAUAUGUUGUAAAUAUUUGUGUGUUGUGAGAAAUUUUUGUCAUAAGAAAUUAAAAGAACUUACCAGGAAGGUUUUUAAGUUUAGAAAUAUUCAUGCCAAUAAAAUAGGAAAUUAUAAAAUAUAUAGUUUUAAGCACUGCAUCAGUGGGAGUUCUUGGCUUAUGUUUAUGUAUGAAACUAUCAAAGAUUUUUUGACUAUAUUAUCAGUUAAAUGAAAAGAGGAGUCAGAUUUAAUUUGUUUUUUUGAAGCACUUUGAAAAGAGAAAUUAAUUUUAAGUAACUUAAUGAGCAAAUUUUUGAUUACUACUUUAUGUUCAAUACCAACCUUUCAUUUGUCUGGAUUAUUUUACAAAUCAUUGGACAAAGAAUUUGGGAAUAUAAAUCUGUAGCAGGUGUUUGACACCAGUGGGUCUCUUUUUUUCUGGGAAAUGUGUACAUGUGCUUUCAGAUAUACAGUGUUCCUGAGUAAAAUCAAUUUAGGGGAUUCGUGUAGUGUCUAUAGAAAAGUUAGCCCAUGUCUUAAAAUAUUACAAGGAAUCUGCCUGUAAUGAAAAGUCCAGUGGAGAAAACCUCAAUGCUUACUGUUAUUUCUAGGUGAUUCCUCCCGGUUUCCAGGUUCCGGGGACACUCUUUAGAUUGAGGCCCACAAAACGGUUGCUGUUAGGUUCCACGUAGAAAUGAGUAACAUUCAUAAAAGUGUUUGCCAUGUAGAAUUUUGUUUCUCCUCACGUCCUUUAGGGAGGUCUCUUGUGGUCCAAGUCGCCCCGUUACUGUCUGUCCCACGCAGGGCAGCCCCUCAGGUAGUGGCGUGGAGGCGGGCGCAGACCCCCCGGCCCAGGGCACCCCCACCCGGCUCCGCCGGCGCCCCCCAGGGUCUGUCCCCAGGCCCUCGAGACCGCGCGGCCAAGGAAGGUCUGGAAAGCGCCAGAGAGCGGUGGCCCCCCUCCAGCCUCGUCUUAGUGUGGUGUUCUCGGCAGAGGUGCAGAGCCCGCGUCUCAGGCCGCCUCCCGGGAUGCCAGCAACAGCCAUUUCAGGAAUUCCCAUGGAAAGGAAAAAGUCACAAAAUACCACAUUUCCCACGUUUCUCCAUUUCUCAGCUGAAGUUUAGUAACUUAUUUAUGUUCGUUUUAACUGUAUCGCGGCCUCGUCUUUUGGAGGCCGACACUCCCGUGGGCCCGAGCGGCGGCCCCCCCUCGGGAGUUCGGGGUGCACAAGCGCUGCAGGGAAACCGGGUAGGGCCCCCGGAGCUGCGUAGACUGCACCGCGUGGAGUGGCAACAUCCACACGCGGGCGACCGCUCAGAAGAGGUUGUGUCCAAUACAACUUUGAGCUUGAGCUUAUGCAAUGAUUCGUAAAGAUUUUGGCAUUGUACGAAUUAGGAAAUGAUCAUAAAAGUACAUGUAAAGUAUUCAAUUUUCAAUCAUUUUUCAAAUUACUGUCUUAAAUUGUUUUGCCGAGUUGUAAUACUUUUGAGAUACAAUGUAUUCCUUGUACUGAAAGAAUGAAAAAAAGGACUUUUUCAGCAUUUGAGGUAAGUUCUUUAACGUUUCAUUAAAAACAUUUUUUACAAAUAUUUUGUACAUGCACUUGCAGUAUUGAGGUUAAUCAUUUUAAUAAAUUCGGAAAUUAAAACAA